AUGGCCGGCGCCUUCAGUGGCCACUUGGUCGAUUCGUUCAACCAAAGCAUGGCGUCGACAUCUGGAAACAUAUCCUUCAAUCCCAAUAUGCACGGCACGCAAGCAAACCAGUCAUUCAAUCUGUUCACACAGAGCUCAAUGUUCAGCGAGGCGGCGUCAGAGGCGACAAUGAUGAAAAUCGCGGCUCUACAGGCCAAGCUGAACCAGAAACUCGGUCCAGAGUAUAUCUCGCAACGACCCGGAGGUGGCGGUCAACGAUUGACGUACGCGGAGGGUUGGAAGAUCAUAAACCUAGCGAACGAAGUGUUUGGGUUCAAUGGGUGGAGUACGAACAUUAUCAGCUUGACAACCGACUUUAUCGAUCAGAGCGAGGGAGGCACGAAGUUUAACAUCUGCGUUACGGCGAUUGUGAGGGUGACGCUGAGGGAUGGGGUCUACCAUGAAGAUACUGGAUGUGGGACGGUGGAGAAUAUCAAGAGCAAAGCUCAAGGACUGGAUAAGUGUAAGAAAGAGGCUGUAACAGACGCUGUUAAACGUGCACUUCGCAACUUUGGAAACUUGAUGGGCAAUUGCCUGUAUGACAAGUCGUAUACGCAAGAAGUCGUGAAGAUCAAAGUACCGCCCGCCAAGUUCGACAAAAGCCAGCUUCAUCGAAGGCCCGAGUUUGAAGAAGGAAAUUCUGCAGGUUCAUCAACGUCCACAAGUACAACUGCUAGCACGUCGUAUUCAACUUUGUCUGCAAGACUACCUCAGAACCAGCAGCAACAACCGCAGACUAACCAGUACCAGCGGGCUCCUCCUGCACCUCCUCAGGUUAAAACCGAACCCCAACCUCAAAGCGGGUUUGGGAACAGGCCGUCUGAUCCCAAAGGCAAGGCGCCAAUACAGCCACAUAUGCCCCCGCCCAAUGGCCCUGCAAAUGUGUCCCGACUGCCACCGCCUCUUGAGGCGAAAUCCGAUAACAGGCGGGUUUCGUUUGCAAAAGCCCCCGCUCCUCCACCUAAUGGCAAUAGUUCAGUGACUCUGGGAACAAGCUCUUCUGACCGUGAUGAGUUUGACUCUUUCCAUGGGUUCUCCGACGACGAUGCUCUCUUCGCUAGCGUCAAUCUCGAGGAUUUGGGUCGCCCAAUCGGAGACGAUGAUCUGGGACGGCCGAUAGCAGAAGAGGCAGACAUGGGGAGACCUUUGGACUACGACGACGAUCCUCCAGCACAGGCCGCAGCUCCUGAACCAGCACAUCCUGUGUCAAGACCGCAGCAGGGAGCAAGACCCACCAAAACAAGACUCGAGGCCAUUAUUGCAGCGCAACUGGAGCAGAAGCAGCACGAGGAAGUAGGGGCGAGUUCGAAUAAUGCUGUUGCGGGGCGAUUCACUAUACCACCAGGGGGCCAUUCGGUCAACAACCGAGCGUCGUUCGGAACGACAGUGACGAACGAGAACAGGAACCCUAACACCAAUCAGAUUCAUGGCGGCAACAACAACAGCACCAAGAAUAUCGAGGGUGUGAAGCAGAGCACGGCGCCGUCCAUGGGCGGGUUCCAGUUCCCUCCCGGUAUGCCCAAUCCACUUCAAUCAUCAAACGGGCCAGGGAUUGGGAUGAAACGACCGGUCGAUAUGAUGUCCAGCAGUAUCAAUCGUGGUUCUCGUCCGGGCAUGGGCCUGCAGCAAGCGCAACAGAACUCUUCAAACGGACGGCAAGUGCUGGGACGGCUUGAUAACGGUGACGGUGGAGACAUAAAGAGAAUGAGACGAUGAUCGAUGAUCUCGCUUCAUUUUGGUUUUUCGUUCUGCAUUAGGGGACCGCUGGAUGCUUUCUCUUUUCGAUGGGUUUCGUUACCGUUUGCUUUGACUUUGCAUGACCAUUGUAUUCAUUCUGUUCACCGUUACCUCUCCAUGGUUGUUUUAUUUUCGUCUGCUGUCGCAACGUUGUAGUAGUAGUAGUAGUAAUAUUAUACAAGAGUUCAUCG